UACAAUUAGUCGUUGCAUACUUGCAUUUCAGUAUUCACAGAGAGAGAGAGAGAGUCGGGGAGAGAUCUCUGUUCCCUCUCCCGGUUCCCAUAUCCCAAUCUUUACUGCCAUCACUAUGACUACGAAUCCCGACCACGCCGAAUUACAGAACGGAUCACCCGAACCAUUAGCUGCUGAAGCCGCCGCGCCGCCGACCCAAGCUCCAGAUCUCCACAAGUCUGAUCCCAGCGAUACUGAUGGACAACAGCCGGAUGCUGAGAGAUCGGAAGAAGUGCGGCCGGAGAAUGCCGAGGCGUCGAAUUCUGCGCCGGAAGGAGAAAUCUCGAGAGAAUUAAGUGAUGCGGACUCAGGCGUGGCGCAGUUGCACCAAGAGGUGGAGAGCGAUUCGAAGGCAGGAGACAACACGAAGGGGAAUCGGACAUUUACUAUGAGAGAGCUGCUCAAUGAAUUGAAGAGUGGAGAUGCGAGUGUCAACGACGGCGGAGAGUCCGGUACUCCUUAUAGCCAACAAAACUCGGAACUUCAUAUCGAGCAGAAUAAUGCUGCUAUGGAGUUGAUUAAUAGUGUCACCGGUCUUGAUGAGGAAGGUAGAUCUCGUCAAAGGAUUCUUACAUUUGCUGCCAGGAGAUAUGCAACUGCUUUAGAAAGAAAUUCAGAGGAUUAUGAUGCACUGUACAAUUGGGCCCUUGUUCUUCAGGAAAGUGCAGAUAAUGUAAGUCCAGAAUCUAGUUCUCCUUCUAAGGAUGCUUUGCUUGAAGAAGCAUGUAAGAAGUAUGAGGAGGCUACUCGCCUUUGCCCCACACUUAAUGAUGCUUACUAUAAUUGGGCUAUAGCAAUAUCUGACCGGGCUAAAAUGCGUGGUCGGACAAAGGAAGCAGAGGAGUUCUGGAAACAGGCUACAAAGAAUUAUGAAAAGGCUGUCCAACUCAACUGGAACAGUCCUCAGGCGCUUAAUAAUUGGGGACUUGCUCUACAGGAACUCAGUGCAAUUGUUCCUGCUCGUGAGAAACAGACAAUAGUCAAAACUGCUAUAGGCAAGUUUCGUGCAGCAAUACAGUUGCAGUUUGAUUUCCAUAGGGCAAUUUACAAUCUUGGAACUGUACUGUAUGGCUUAGCAGAGGACAUAUCAAGAACUGGAGGAUACGUAACUGCAAAGGAGGUAUCACCUGAUGAGUUGUACAGCCAGUCUGCAAUAUAUAUUGCAGCUGCACAUGCAUUGAAGCCUAAUUACUCAGUUUACAGUAGUGCUUUGAAGCUUGUGCGGUCUAUGCUUCCGUUGCCAUAUCUAAAGGUUGGAUAUCUUACAGCAUCGCCUGUUGGGAACCCAGUUGCACCUCACAGUGAUUGGAAAAGUUCUCAAUUUGUACUGAGUCAUGAAGGGCUUCAACAGAUUAGCAAAACUGAACAGAGAUAUGCAUCCCUGAGCCUUUCAUCGAGAUCAGUGGAUUCGCCAACCAGUAUACCGGUCAUCAGAGUCUAUGUUGCGGAUAUUGUUUCUGUAUCGGCAUGUGCUGAUCUUACGCUACCACCUGGUGCUGGCCUGUGCAUCGACACAACUCAUGGACCUGUUUUCCUGGUUGCUGAAUCUUGGGAAUCUUUGGAUGGGUGGCUUGAUGCCAUUCGAUUAGUUUAUACCAUUUUUGCGCGGGGUAAGAGUGAUGUUUUGGCUGGUAUAAUAAUUUCCUAAUUUUGUACCUGUAUAUUAUGAUGAUUGAUGGUAUUGCAAAUAUUCUUCUGGAGGAGGCCUACUGUUACUCUGUUUAAGAAUCAUUAAAGGUUUGUUGUUCAUGUAGGCUUUGUAAAUUAGCCAAUUAUUGCUAUAAAUACGAGGCAGAGUUUAUAUUUUUGCAACUA